AUGAGCAACAGCAAGGAAAACUCGAGCCGACGGGGCUAUGCCGCCGCGCUGCAGCGCAAGCAGCAGGUGUCGACUAACAACGACGACGCCCACUUGCCACGGGUGGCGGCACUGGGCUCCCUGCGUGCCAGCCAGUCGCGCAGCGCAUUCAGGAAGAGCGGGGUGUUUGAUCGGCCACUCAGCAGCCUGAAGAAUGUGUCAUUGUCAGGAAGCAGCGUGCUGAGCAGCGUCAUUGGCGACCCGGAGCUCGACAGCGAGGAGCAGGCGCUGCAGGCGGAGCUGGCGACAUACGAUCAGCGCCUGGAGCAGCUACAUGAGGAGCACUCUCAGCGGCGGGCGGCCACGCCCACCCUGGGAGCGCCGCCCAGCACUCCCGGGAUGUCAGGAGUCGUCUCGCAGCAGCCCGCCGCGGGCCCGGCUGCUGAGCAGGCGGCGACGCCCCAGCACCCGCCGCCGCAGGAGCAGCAGGAGGAGCACCAGGUGUUGCAGCAGGACAGGCUGCUGGAGCAGGAGCGGGAAGAGACGCAGCUGCCGGAUCCUGCCGCGCCUACCAUCCCGCCAUCUGAGCUGUCCAUUGUGCGCUGCGUCACCACCGCCACGGGCACCGGCUGCAAGGAUGUCAUUGCGCCGCACAGCUCAGCGGCGCCGUCAGCAGGAGCCUGCUGGACCUCGCGCGGCCACCGUGUGCUGCUCCUGGAGUCGUCUUGCAUCCUGCAGUUGUGGGGCCGCCACACCUCGGACAUCACGCUGCGCAUCACCUUUGCAGAGCCCGCCUCGGUGCCGCGCAUCGUGCGCCUCGAGCACGCGCCCACCGCCACCGCCGCGUUUGAGCGGCUGGGAGACAUCCACCUGCAGCCCAAGAGCUUGCACCAGCUGCGCCACCUGUUCAGGCUGGGCAGGGGGCUGGAGGUGCAGCGCUUCCUGCGCAUCACACUGCUUGGGCACAUGGCAGAGGACAACUCAGGUGCCCACCGGGUGUCACACAUGCUGCUGACCAGCAGGCAGGGGCCGCAGCGGGCGCAUUCCGCACAGUCUGGCGCCCGGACAGCCAGCGCUGCGUCGGUGCCGGCAUCAGUUGAGCCAACCGUGCACAGCAGGGUGCAAGACGAGGCACCUGCCGACAGUGCCACCAGCGCGCCCACCGCGCCGGAAGCAGCACAGGAAGCAGCGCAGGAGCACUCUGCAGUUGCUGGCGGCAGCGAGCCGAGGGUGCCGCUGCUGCGGCUUGCAGCCAUGCUUGGCGGCGCCUCUGCAGCAGCAGAUCAGGCAGCGCCUGGGCCUUCAGAGGCAGAGGCUCAGCCGGCGGACGCCAGCACUCGUGCAUCUCAGCAGGCCUCAUUGGUGCCCAUUGCGACUGCUUCGUCUGGAGACUCGCCAACCCAGUAUGGCACCAGCGAGGCAGGCCCUGACAUGCCUUCUGUGGCAUCGAGUGAGCAGCAGAAGCAGCAGCCCACGCCGCCCCAGUCGAUCGAUGGCCUGGACAACUCGCAGGCCCGGGACAUGGUAUGGGGCCUGCUGGAGGGAGUGGAGGCUGGGGUGGACUUCCAGCAGCUGCAGGCGGAGUUUGCAGGCACCGGGGAGCAGAGCUCGCCCCGCGCCUCCAGCGGCGGCGGCGCCUCUGUGCCCAUGAUGCUGCUGCCCAUGCAGCGCUGCCAGGAGGUCGGCGCUCUCCUUGCCGACCUCGACCUUACCACGCGGCAGGCCCAGGAGGCCGUGCUGAGGCUGCUGGACAGGGAGGCCUAUCCUGGUGCACCAGACCUGACAGAGGAGCAAGUGAAGCGGCUCGCUGAGGAGAAGCAGCUGCUGCGCGGCUAUGGUGGCCAGCCAGAGGGGCUGGGCAGUGCUGAGCAGUUCAUGCUGGAGAUGAUGCAGCUGCCUGGCCUGGAGCAGGGGCUGGAGGCCCUGCCCUUCAGCUCUGGGUUUGCGGCUCGCGCCGAGGCGGUGGAGGCGGCCGCCUCGUUGCUGUCCCGCGCCUGCCAGGAGGUUCGGCACAGCGACAUGCUGCGCACGCUACUCAAGGUGGCGAUGCUCGCAGGCAACUUUUUGAGCGCCGGCAACCACAACGGCGCCGCCGCCGGCUUCCAGAUAGAUGCCCUGCUCAAGCUCAAGGAAGUGAAGUCCACUCGGGCCCGCAGCCGCACCCUGCUGCACUUUGUGGCGCGCGAGGUGUCUCGGCAGCACCCCGCCGGCGCCUGUCUCGGCGCGGCGCUGCCCAGCGCACAGGCUGCGUCGAGGCUGGACUGGCAGCAGGCGCGGGCGGAGGUGGUGGAGCUAGCGGCAGGGGUCAGGCGUGUGGAGGGCCUGAUUGCCGUGGCGCAGGAGGGCGCUGGGGCGGGCGGCGCCGACCCGGGUGCCUGCCUGGCGCACAUGACAUUCUUCAGGGCAGAGGCGCUGGAUCGCCUCGGCGCGGCACAAGCGGCAGUGGAGGAGGCAGACAGCGCUUUCAGGCGAGUGGAUCGCCUGUCGCUUCAUGAGCAGCUGGGCAGCCUCAUCAAUGGGCAGCGCAGCACCCUGGCAGAUCCGGCUGCCUUCUUUGGCGUGCUGCAUGCCUUUGGUGCUGAGCUGGAUGGCGCCCAUGAGGAGAACCGGGCUGCUGACGCCGACAAGUCUGCGGAGCGCAAAGAGCGCAAGGGAAGGCAGCAUCAGCGCCCAGGCGAGGCGCUCUCCGGCUUGACCAGCGCAGGCAGCCCAGCAACCAGCGUCGUCAGCGUGGAGUCGCUGCGGCGGCGGAAUGCCAGCACCCAAGAGGAGAACAGCAGCCCGCAGGAGCCCAGCAUGGCACCAGCUGAAAAGGGCAGCGGCACUCCGCUCCAGCGCAGGCAGCACUCGCCAUCGCCGUGCCUGUCCAAGGCAGCAAUUGCGGACAUCGGCGGCAGCCGGAGAGUUUUGGAGGCAGGCAGCGGCAUCACAGGCGACAGCCAGGCAGGAGUUGGCGAGAGUCAGCCGCAGGGCGAAGGCAACAGGCUGUCCACUCCCGUCGCCAGCCUGCUGGCAGAGUCUGCUCGCCUCAUCAAGUCGGUUGAGGGAGGCUUUGGCAGCGAUGCGGCAGGCAGUGGUGGCUCUGGCGAGCGGGAUGCUGCGGCAACUCCCGAGGCACGUGGUGGGCAGGGCGCAGAGGCGGACGCAGCUUACUCGACUCCGCGGGGAGCGGCACCGCUGCACUGGCAGGGCCAGCACCAGGAGGCCGCUGCGGCUGGGUUGCAGCUCCAGCAGGCGCGCUACGGUGGGGCAGCCAGCUCGGAGCAGGAGGUGCCUGCUGCUGUCCCAGCACCAGGCGAGACUGGCUCGCUGUCAGCCCGUGCCUCCCAGCCCCUGGGUCUCAGCCAGCUGCGUCAGCGCAGCCUGCAGCAGCUGUCCCCCACCUCCACCCCGCUCAGCUCGCUGGGGCGGCAGAGCAGCCGCGGAAGCGUGCGCAGCAGCACAAGCAACGUCUCCACCCCUGGGUCCAGCACGCGCUUCCGGGGAUCCCCGCUGCUGCGCACCAGCUCGCCGCUUGGUUUGCCCAGCAACGCACCGGGCUUGGGUGCAGCGGUGGUGGAGGCUGAGUCCGCCGCAGCUGCUGCCACAGCGGCUCGCAACCGCGAGGCUGCCGCGCCAGCCCAAGGUCCCUUCUUCUCACUUGACGACGGCCUUGACACCGCUCCCGAGUCAGAAGAGGAUGGCUUCUCCCAAUCUUCUGGUUUUAGCAGCCCGCAGCAGCAGCAGCAGCAGCAGCAGCAGCAGCAGCAGCAGCAGCAGCAGCAGGAGGAGCUCCCAUCCCCUUGGCAUGCAGCGCUGGCUCGUGAGCAAGAUGCGGAAGAGGAGGAGCAGGCGGCGGGGCAUGGCAUUGUGCCCCUGCACUCCCGGGCCAGCAGCUGCGACCUGACUUUCUACGCCCCAUUCUCGAUGGACCGUGUGGGGCAGGGCGCCUUUGCGCCCGAUGACCAGAGCCAGCUGCGCCUGUCCGCCAGCUUUGCGUGCGGCGACCUGCCGUCGGCAGCCUGGGGCCCGCUGGCCGCCCAGCAGCGGCAGUUCCAGCAGCUGCGAGGCAACCACAGCCUGCGUCAUGCCAGUGUUGAUGACCUGGCGCUGCCCCGUGGGCUGCCUGGCGCUGCGGCUGGCGCCAGGAAGCAUGUGUCAUUCAGUGUGCCCAACUCGCCCCGCCGCGCCGACCUGCCGCCACUCGACCCGCGUGACCUGGCCGCUAGGCUGCAGGCGCAGCCGCUGCGUGCAUCUUUCGAGGCACGGCACGGCAGCGGCAGCGGCGGCGCUGCCGGCAGCAGCCUGCCGCUGCCCUCGUACCAGCAGACCCAGGCGCGGCCACAGGAGCAGCUGAGCCCCGUGCUGGAGGCACUGCUGAGCUCCGUGCCCACCCCGUUUGUGCACGGCCAGCCCGGGCCGGGGCUGGCUGGUGCCCCAGCCACCGCUGUGCGCUCCAUGCUGGAUGCUGAUGACCUGGCCGACUUGGGAGACUACACCAGCGACCAGGAGCAGGAGUGGGAGGUGCUGGAGGCCAUCCAGCAGCAGGAGUUGGAGCGGCAGCGGCAGGCUGCGGCGGCGCGUGACGCUCGCGAGCUGGCGCUGCUGCAGGGCCCCGCAGCCGCGGCCCAGCCCGCGCUGUACCAGCAGGCGCCGGGUGCGAGGGCAUCGCAGGAGCAGCCCCGCCACCUCCUCUCUCACCAGGAGCUGGCUGCUCUGCAGCACAAAUACCCGCCAGCUGACGCGGCACCGCAGGUGCAGCAGCCGCCGGUACCGCAUCAGUACCAGGAGCAGUGCCCGCUGCCCUCCCCCCUCACUAGCGCCACCUCGAAUUUCGAUACCGCCGUGGCCAAGCUGCUGGCCUGCGCCGGCAACACCACAGCUGGCCCGCUGGCGCUGGGAGCAGCCCAGGGGGCGGCGUUUGCAGGCGGGGAGGAGCCGGUAGCGGUGCCUGCCAGCGGUGUGGCGCUGCUGGAGCCUGUCAUGCCUGGCGCCCUGGCUGCUGGCCCAUUCGGGGACAAGUAUGAGAGGGGGCUGCGUGCCUCGCGCGCCUCGAGGGGCCAGGUGGUGCCGGCGGGGGCGGUGCUGCGGGUGUCUGCAGAAGCGCCGCAAGCCGCGCUGCGCGGCUCGCUGUCGGCGCCGGCGGCCACCUUGUUCGCAGAGGCCGAGGCGUGGGCGGCCACGGCCGCGCCACAGCAUGCCGUGGCAGCGCCAGGGCAGCAGGUGGAGGGGCGGGACGGGGGCGCUGGUGGCUGGGCGCCAGCCAGGCCCAACCGCCUGUGGGGCCUCAAGAAGAUGCUGGGCAAGCACCAGUGA